AUGGAUUUUGGUUUCAAAAUGAUUGAGUUUGAUAAGUGCAUUUAUAGCAAAGUAAGAGGUGAUUCUUGUAUUCUUCUGUGCAUUUAUGUUGAUGAUAUUCUAUUGUUUGGAUCUAACAUUGGGAUAAUCAAUGAGACUAAGUCAAUCUUGAGUAGUAAGUUUGAAAUAAAGGAUAUGGGAGUUGCUGAUGUUAUUCUUGGCCUAAAACUGAUAAGAUUAGUUAAGGAUAUAGCUAUUUCUCAAUCUCACUAUGUUGAGAAGGUUAUUGAGAAAUUUGGCUAUAAGAAUUGCAAACCCGUCAAAACUCCAUAUAAUCCUUCAGUAACUCUCCAUAAGAAUAAUGACAAGGUGGUGGCUUAUGCCUCUAGGCAAUUGAGGUCUCAUGAGAAGAACUACCCCACUCAGAAGGAGAUUAACAUGAGACAAAGAAGAUGGUUGGAAUUACUGAAAGACUAUGAUGUAAAUAUCCUUUACCAUCCAGGUAAAGCUAAUGUAGUAGCAGAUGCACUCAGUCGGAAGAAUCAUAUUACAUCAGCUUGUUUGCUAACUAAGCAAGCUGAGUUAAGUAAGGAGCUUGAGAGAAUGGAGAUUGAAGUUAGAAAGUAUUCUUCUGAAAUGAAGAUUUGUCAGAUAAGCCUACAACCUACUCUGUUGGACCAAAUCAACGAGUGA